CGCAGUGGGGCGGGGUCAUUGUGUGCUGGAGCCUGCGGCCUGGAGCGCGGCGGGACCGGGACAGCGGACACUUCUCUCCCUUCUCCUCCUCCUCUCCCUCUCUCUCUCCGCCGGCUCUUCCAGGCUGCCCUGCCCUCGCCUCACAGCUUCGGUUCGAUCCGACCCGGGCCCCGCACGCCUGCUUCUCUCCUCCUCCCCCCCCCCCCCCCACCACCACCUCCCGGGAGCGCUUGGCUGAGCAGCCCGGAGCCGCUGGGCGUCUCGCUGGGAACCGGAGCCGGGCCCAGGGCCCCGCGGCGCUGCCGCCGCCACCGCCACCAUGCUGAAGAAACGCAAGGGGCGGAUCGUCAUUGACUCGGACAGCGAUGACAGCGGCAGCGAGGAGAACCUGGACCAGGAGCUGUUGUCAUUGGCCAAGAGAAAAAGGAGUGAGCCGGAACAGCAAGAACAACAGGCAAGCAAACCAUCAGCAUCGUCAGAUUCAGAAACCUCCGACAGUGGUGAUGAGUGGACUGUGGGAGGCAGCAAGACCAAAAAGAAGGGAAAAGGCAAGAGUGGAGAGAAGAAACCAACCACCAAGAGAACAGUAAACAAGGCGGCAUCUUCUGGCAGCUCAGCUGAAGACAGUUCUGGAGAUAGCUCUGCUCCAGAGGAAGGUGAAGUUUCAGACUCUGAAAGGAGUAGCUCAUCUUCAAGUUCCGAGUCUUCAUCCUCAUCGGAAGAGGAGGAGUUCCAUGAUGGCUAUGAUGAUGACCUAAUGGGCGAUGAGGAGGACAGAGCAAGGUUGGAGCAAAUGACAGAGAAGGAACGGGAGCAAGAACUCUACAACCGGAUAGAGAAGAGAGAGGUACUGAGGAGGAGAUUUGAAAUUGAAAAGAAGCUAAAGGCAGCAAAGAAAAAGGAAAAGAAAGAGAAGAAGAAGAAACUGGUGGAAGAACGUGAGAAGAAGAUGCAACAGGUUCAGGAGUUGCCGGUGAUGUCUCACAACAAAGAGCGGCGAUCAAGAAGGGAUGAGAAACAGGACAAGAAGUCUCAGGCUAUGGAGGAGUUGAAGGCUGAAAGGGAAAAGAAGAAAAACAAAACGGCGGAACUAUUGGCCAGAAAGCAGCCUCUAAAAGCCAGCGAAGUUUAUUCUGAUGAUGAAGAGGAGGAAGAGGAGGAGCAGUCAAGUGUGAAGAGUGAUCGAUCGUCCAGGUCUUCAUCUUCUGAUGAAGAAGAAGAAAAAGAGGAAGUUCCAGCCAAGUCACUGCCUGUCACUUUGCCAGAGGACCUCAACAAAAUCAGGCUUUCAAGGUAUAAACUGGAGCGAUGGUGUCACAUGCCAUUUUUUUCCAAAACGGCAGUCGGUUGCUUUGUCCGAAUUGGCAUUGGAAACAGCAAUGGGAAGCCAGUGUACAGGGUUGCAGAGAUCACCGGUGUUGUAGAGACUGGAAAAGUUUAUCAGCUGGGUACUUCCAGGACAAACAAAGGCCUGCAGUUACGUCAUGGUUCAGAUGAGCGUGUGUUUCGACUUGAGUUUGUGUCGAACCAGGAGUUCACAGAAACCGAGUUCAUGAAGUGGAGAGAAACCAUAAUGUUGGGAGGAAUGCCGUUACCGACAAUGGAUGAAGUUAACAAGAAGGAGCAGCAGAUCAAGCAGGCACUGGAGUAUAAAUUCAAUGAUCGUGACAUUGAAGAGAUUGUGAAAGAAAAGGAUCGAUUCAGGAAAGCACCCUCCAAUUACGCCAUGAAAAAGACUCAACUCAUGAAAGAAAAGGCAAUGGCAGAAGAAGCAGGUGAGCCAGAGAAAGCACGGCAAAUCCAGGAACAGCUGAAUGAGCUGGAGGAACGGGCAGAGGCCCUGGACAGGCUUCGUACAAAAAACAUCUCUGCCAUCAGCUACAUCAACCAGAGGAACAGGGAAUGGAACAUUGUUGAGUCCGAGAAGGCUUUACUGGCCGAGGUCCAGAGUGAGAGGACCAAGCAGAUGGACCCCUUCACCCGGCGUCAGUGUCAGCCCACCAUCGUCUCAAAUUCCCGGGACCCUGCAGUCCAGGCUGCAAUCAUCGCUCAUCUGAAUGCCAAGUAUGGAUCUGGGUCACAGACAGAGCUACCCCUGGAACUAAGCAAGCAGCAGGAACUGAUCAACAGUAAAAAGGAGGACGCCAAUAAUAAAUCUAAUUCUGACCUCUCUGAGGAUCUUUUCAAGGCUCAUGACUUUGAUAUCAAGAUAGAUCUGCAAGUGCCCAAUGCAGAAUCCAAGUCGUUGUCAGUGAGCUCGAAAACGCCAUCUGUUAAAGACGGAACCCCAAGACGAUCCCUAAAUCUGGAGGACUACAAAAAGCGCCGGGGAUUGAUCUGAAGGGUACCACAGUGCUGCUGCAGGUCGUUGCAUGUGUUUCACUCACAGUGGACAAGUGCAGCAAGCGGACAUUUAAAAGACUGAGUCUGGCCGGCUGUCUCUGUUCAGGCAGGGUGGCUAUUGUAUAAAAAAAACAAUGCCUGGUGAUUUUUUUUUUUUUUCCUUUAGUAAAAAUAACUUGAGUGCUGCUUUCUGUCAUUCUUUAGUGCUUGGCUGCAAAGUGAUCCCACUCACUAAGCCUACCGUCUUUUUAAAAAAUCUUAACUGGAGAUUGAGACAAUUUCAUUUGAGUGGACAGUUUGAUUUAUGCAUUCAAUGAGCCUACUUUGAUGCUCUUUCAUGAGAUCUUGAAUACAGGAAACACUUUUUUUCUACGGCUGUGUUUUGUACAUGUACACUGUAGUUUAAAUGGAUAGCAGAAGCAAAUGUCUGGUGACCAGCAAUGUUGGUGAACAAAGAGCAGGCUGGCCACAUCAUACCUGUUCUGGCUGUUAGGGUUAGUUCUUCUGGCCUGUUGGCCACUCAAAAUGGUGAGUAAUUUGUUUUCCGUGUCAAAUUCCCUGUCGCCUGGGAAGAGACCCAACUCUAUAAGUUACCUGAAAGUUUUCUUUGAGUCGUCUCACUCAUUUGGUAAAUAAACGUUGAUUACGCAGCAGCUAAGGCUCCGAGCAGCAGUCACUGUGGCAGUUUCUGACAAAUUGAGAGGACUGGGUGGAACAAGUCGUAAGUUUUACUAGCUACAUCUCUUGGCGGUUGACUGUCCUUAUCAUGCUUCGAAGGUUCAGACUCUGACACCAUAACAGCCAAGGGUAGAUACACUGUGGGUGUAUUUUUUUGUGCUGGUGGUCCAGAGAGAGUUCUCAAAGUUUCACAGAUCUGUCUAAGUACUGAUCACUUGAGCCGUGUACAUAUCUCUUUUUUGGUGUAAUCAGAGUAUCUCAAGCAUUAACCCCAACACCGUCCCCGUCUGCUUAAACCCGAAAGGCGUUUUAUUUACUUCUGGCCUCUUUUUUUUAAAGAAAACCAAAAGCAGAACUUUUUUUUUUUUAAACUUAUCAGCAUCUUAAAGAGAAACCCAGAAGUGUGUUUCCAAAUGGAGUGAGCGUGGUCCUGCCCAAAUCAUUAUAGCCUUUUCCCCAAGUUAUCCACCAUUUCCAUCAGCAUUUCUAUUUUUAAUUCUACAGCAAACUUCCUCCUUGUGUUUAAACCCCACUGGACUGGAGCUACAUUGGUUACUGUAAUGGUUGGGGCCGGAUGAAGACUGCACUAGGCUCAAGCAGUCCUGGAUUAAAAAGCGAGGCCUACUUUCUACUGUUUCAAUUUCAGUUGAGGGUAGAGUGUGAUCGCUCAAUGUUUGCAGGGCAAUUGUAUUGUGAACGUGCUCCCAUCGAUUUAACAAACGGCAAGAUUUGAAACCGAAACCAGUGUACUCUUGUAGUACUGUAUUCCUGCCACUACAUGGUAGUGUUGUAAUAAAGUGCUAAUCCAA